GUCUGUCCUUGAAGCUAGUCAGAGGAAGACCGAACUGUUGAUCUGAUAGGUGUGCCUUGCUUUAGACAGUCAAAAUGAGUGAUAAGCCAGACUUGUCGGAAGUGGAAAGAUUUGAUAGAUCCAAACUGAAGAAGACCAUCACUGAAGAGAAGAAUACUCUUCCGUCAAAGGAAAACAUCCAGCAAGAGAAGGAGAUGGUGAAACGAUCAUAAAAUGGCAAUCUCUUUCAAAGAAUAAACAUCAACACUGGCAAA